ACUGCAGCGGAACAGUUUUUGUCUGUGCGUGUAGGUGUCCACUAAAUAAUAACGCCAGCGCAGUUUAUCACCUGCUGAAAUAUAAGAGCUUCAGCAACGGCCAAAUCGAAAAUCGUUUCUUCAACAAAAAGAAACGAAAAAUAAACUCUUUAAACGACGCCGUUGUUUGCUCCCCCUCCGUAAGACCUUUACAUGCUUUACUCUUUACCUUUCUCUCUUGCUUGCAAUUGUUUUCUUGCUCACUACGAUGGCCUCUAACUUGGACUCAGUCUCUGAUACACAGCGAACUCUGUAUCCCUAUGUAACUGGAACCUCUGUGGUUGCUCUCAAAUACAAAAAUGGGAUUCUUAUGGCUGCUGACAUGGGAGGUUCCUAUGGCUCUACCUUACGGUACAAAAGUAUUGAUCGUUUGAAGCCUAUUGGGAAACAUUCUCUUCUUGGUGCUAGUGGGGAAAUAAGUGAUUUUCAGGAGAUUCUACGCUACCUUGACGAGCUUAUCCUUUAUGACAACAUGUGGGAUGACGGAAACUCCCUGGGACCUAAGGAAAUGCAUAACUAUUUAACUCGUGUGAUGUAUAAUAGACGUAACAAGUUCAACCCAUUGUGGAAUGCACUUGUACUGGGUGGUGUGAAAAAUGGGCAGAAGUACCUUGGCAUGGUCAACAUGAUUGGCAUUAAUUUUGAAGACAAUCAUGUAGCCACAGGGCUUGGAAAUCAUCUUGCAAGGCCAAUUCUACGUGAUGAAUGGCAUGAAAAUUUAACCUUUGAAGAGGGAGUCAAGCUAUUGGAGAAGUGUAUGCGUGUGCUCUUAUAUCGUGAUAGGUCUGCUAUCAACAAGAUUCAGAUAUCCAAAAUUACUGAAGAAGGUGCUACCCUCUUCCCACCAUUCUCAUUGAAGACUUACUGGGAAUUCUCUGCCUUCAAGAAUCCAACUGUCGGUGCUGAAGGUUCAUGGUAGCUUGAAAUGUGAAAUGAACAAAUUAUAUCAGUUGGACAGGAAAUGGUUUCCUGGGAGAUCUCUUCAUUAUGUUAAAAUGGAUAAGAAACGGAUCAGCCUUUGAAAAUUGAUAUGCUCAUAGAUCACUUUAGUUUCACAUGGUUGUUUGAGUUGACUUCAAUUUCACAGUAGAAUUUCUUUCGGUUAUCAGAAUUCUUUUGUUAUAGUAUCAGCCCAUUGCAUGUCUUUGAAAUGAAUUAAUAUGGAUUAUCUUAAGAUUUGGGGACCAAUUUCCUUUCUGCA